AUGUAUCCCAGGAUUAAAAAUCUCGUGCUUUACGCUCUGUCUGUGACGCUGCUGGCGUGGGUUCUGUACAUGAGGAAAGAGGCAAAGUUGGCAGCGUCGUCCGCGGACCAGAAAGGGGCUGUAGUGACUCACCCUUCGGUUCUGGGCAACGCUGAACCCAGCAAGUGUUUGCCGAACUUGACCCUUGCCAAUUCUUCACUUGCCCUCCCAGAGCUUCACCGUGUCUUCUUAACAUACAAACACUGCCGGGACUUCUCGGUCCUGAUGAAGCCUAGCAGAGAGACAUUCCUCUUGCUGGCGAUCAAGUCUUCCCCAAUCAACAUAGACCGGCGGGUGGCAAUCAGGAACACGUGGGGGAAGGAGGUCUCCAUCGGUGGCAAGCAUGUCAGGCUCAUAUUCCUUCUAGGGCGCUCAGAGGCCAAAAUCCGGGUACAGCCCCUGCACCAGCUGCUGGCCUACGAGAGCCAGGAGUUUGGUGACAUCCUGCAGUGGGAUUUUGUUGACAACUUCUUCAACCUGACCCUCAAGGAGCUGCAUUUCCUCCGCUGGUUCAUGGAGGAGUGCCUGCACGCCAGGUUUGUGCUGAAGGGCGAUGACGAUGUCUUUGUCAACACUUACAACAUUGUUGAGUUCCUCCAAGAACUGGACCCUGAACAGGAUCUCUUUGUUGGGGAUGUGAUCACCAACGCCCGGCCCAUCAGGAACACCAAAGUCAAGUACUUUAUUCCCGAGGCCAUGUACCGCGCCCCCUUCUAUCCUCUCUAUGCGGGUGGAGGGGGCUACGUGAUGUCUAGAGAGACAGUGCGCCGCCUCCAGAGCACCGCAGAGGACACGGAGCUCUUUCCCAUAGAUGAUGUCUUUGUGGGAAUGUGUCUGGCAAAGAUGGCAGUGACCCCAAAGAACCACGCUGGCUUUAAGACUUUCGGGAUUCAGAGACCUUUCAAUCCUUUUGAUCCGUGCCUGUACAAAGAGCUGAUGAUUGUGCACAAACUAAACCCGACUGAGAUGUGGAUCAUGUGGACGUUGGUGAAGGAUGAGAGCAUGAGGUGUGCGGUGUCUGUAACGCACAACUACAGAAGGGGUUGGAAAAGAAGCUACUGA